AUGGCGGCUCACCACGUCCCCAGCGAGCGCAUCUCCAGCCACGACAAAGAUCAACAGGUUGCUGAGUUUUUGGAUGAAGUCGAAGAUGCCAACGCCAAGAAACCCAGUCGGACCUUGGAGGCUCCAGAGCUGGUACGCAACCUCACUCCAGAGGAGAGAGUCAAGCUGGAGAAGAGGUUGGUCCGCAAGAUCGACUUCAGAUUAUUGCCCGCUGUCAUCAUCAUGUACAUCCUCAAUUACCUGGACAGGGUGAGCAACAAUGCAUCCAACGAUUGAGGAGCCUCUCUGAUGGUCUCGCAGAACAACAUCGCCACCGCCAGAUUGGCUGGCACUCCUGGUAUGGAGGCCGACCUGGGCUUGACCGACUCCCAGUACGAGACCUGUGUAUCGAUUCUGUUCGUUGGAUACAUUCUCAUGCAAAUCCCGUCCAAUCUCUUCCUCAAUAAGCUGGGCAAGCCGGCACUCUAUCUUCCUGGUGUCAUGGUCGUCUGGGGCGUUAUCUCCACCUGUACCGCAGCCGCGAGGAGUUUUGGCGGACUCGUCGCAAUCAGAUUCUGUCUUGGCUUUGUGGAAGCCGCCUACUUUCCAGGAUGCCUGUAUUUUCUUUCCUGCUGGUAUACCCGAAAAGAAUUGGCCUUCAGAUCUGCCAUCUUGUACUCUGGAUCAUUGAUCUCGGGUGCCUUUGCGGGCCUAAUUGCUGCCGGUAUCACCUCGGGAAUGGAUCAAAAGGCUGGCAUCCCCGCCUGGAGAUGGUAAGUUGGUCGAAACAGCCCUUGGCGCCCUCUUCUAACGUAUUGGUAGGCUUUUCAUAAUCGAAGGUGCACUCACGAUUGUCAUUUCUGCCAUCUGCUUCUUUGUGCUUCCGAACUUUCCGAGAACCACCAAGUGGCUGUCGGAAAAGGAACGUCAGCUGGCAGUCUGGCGUCUUCAAGAAGACAUCGGAGUCGACGACUGGGUCUCUAGCGAGGAGCAGUCUUUCUGGCACGGCAUGUUCCUCGCCUUCAAGGAUCUCAAAGUCUGGGUUCUGAUGUUUAUGCUGCUCGGAAUCGUUUCAGCUGCGAGCGUCACGAAUUUCUUUCCAACCGUGGUGAGAACCCUCGGCUAUAGCAACAUGAUCUCUCUGCUAUUAACAGCACCUCCAUAUGUGCUAGCUGUCUUCGCAGCCUUUGCGAACGCCAUCCAUGCCGACAAGACCGGCGAGCGUUUCUUGCACAUCUCGCUCCCUCUAUUGGUUGGAAUGGCGUCCUUCAUUCUGGCCGCUGCGACGACGUCUCUUGCUCCGAGGUAUGUUGCCAUGAUGCUUAUGCUACCAGGCAUCUACAGCGGCUAUGUUAUCGUCCUUGCUUGGAUCUCGAACACCAUCCCUCGUCCGCCCGCGAAGCGAGCGGCAGCUCUUGCGGCAAUCAACGCUGUGUCGAACGCUUCUUCGAUUUAUGCAAGCUACAUGUACAGCGGUGGACCCAGGUACAUCGUCGCCUUCUCUGUCAACUGCGGGACUCUAUUUCUGGCUAUCCUCAUGGCUGCUCUGCUUCGGAUCAUGUUGGUACGAUUGAACAAGAAACUUGAUCGUGGCGAAAACGUGGACGGUGCGAUCGGUGGAGGAUUCAGAUUCCUGGUUUGAUCUGUGAUGCUCGAAGACUAGGACAUCCGUGCGUAACGAUAAAUCGGAGAUGCCACUGCUUACAAUCACAUGUUCUGCGUCUUACAUUUCCACGAUGCAGGAUUUCUGCCCGGACCGAUCAGGCAACCGCUCAUCUGUGGACAAAGCUUUCCGAUUGCUCCAACCGUGAGAGACUCCGAAACACUUGACUCAUAGUGACGCAGAAGCCCAAGGAAGCCUUUGCCAAGGGCUACCUCAAGACUUUGACCGAGUCCAGGCGCAGGCACCCAGACUAA